AUGGCUGGUCGCGAAACCACCACCCGCUCUUCAAAGCAGGCCCGAAUACAAGGAAACCAGACUCGCGGUCGCAAGAGGGAUUUGACUACCGCCUUCUCUGCCAUAAAGGAACGACAAGAAGAUGAUACGACGGGCACGCAGGCUCAAAAUGCGCUGACAAAUCCAGAGGUCGCCGGAUCCCACGGGCGCGAGCUAUCAACAGCGGCACAAUACAGGGCCUGGCGCAAGAGGGGCAGUCUUCACAACUCUACUUGCUUCGAGUGCGGCCUACCAGACGAUUUAGAGAUAUGCGAAACGUGCCCCCUAGCCUGUCACCAGUCCUGCAUGCUAAACAACAGCACAUACGCGAAUCAUGAUGGCCUUCGUCGAUGGUUUUGUCACAUUUGUGUCGGUCGUGGUUGGCAUUUGAAUAUUCCUCCUUUGACUCCGCCGCAUUCCCCUAUACAAAACCCGGUUGACAAUACGGGACCGACCCCAUCGACCCUGCCAGCAAUCCAACACGACCCGGCUUUAGGAGGAAAUUUAACACACUCUCAGACUGUGAAUCCGGUCUCUCACCCGGUAACUGGGUUGGCUGAUUCUGGUAGUUCUCAGCAGACAAAGCCGGGGGCCUCAACAAAAAAGCCAGCGGCGCGAAAAUCCAAGUUUACCACGUUAUCCAAUGAUGUGGAUUCUGCUCUCCGGGUUCUCUACAGUGAAUUAGAAACGAUUCAGCUUCUCCGACAACAGGUUUCCAACCUGCAAUUCGAUAACACUCGUUUACAUCAAGAUUUGAGCAUAUGUCGAAACGAGGUAGCAUUAGCAAGAGGCGGCAUCGAAAAAUCUCGCCAUUUAGAAGCCGAAGUCAUGCGGCUUAAGGCCACUAUCGCGGAUCAACACAAGGAGACACAUGACACUGAAGUCUUAAAGAAGGAGAACGAGGGGCUGAAAUCAGAGGUUGAGACUAUUCAAAAGCAACUUGAAGAUUCCAACAAGACACUGGCAGAAUGGAAGAACAAAUUACUGAAUCUAGUCGGUGACUGA